CCGACCAAUUUGUACAUAUUCAUUCACAUACACGCCAUGCAGCAAAAUGAGUAUCUCAACACACGCACUGUGAUCACUCAUGCACACACGCCACGCCCCUGUACACAGCAGCUGGCACAUAACACGCAGGGACAGCUGACUCUCGACUCACCUUCCCCCCUCCACUUUCUGCCCCUCGUACGCCCCCAGCCGUCCAGCCAAACAUGCGCCCCGGAUAAUGCCGCAGGAAGGUCCACAGGCGCUCGACCGCCUCCCACAUCUGCGAACCCUUGCGGGCCCUCCUGGCGGGCGGCUGCUGGUUGGUGUCUUCGGCCUCCUCCCUUGUCACUCGUUGGAUGUGAGACGCCUUUUGCUCUCCGGCAGUGCAGAUGGCAUGGGGGGAGGGAGUGGGGUCGGGGCGAGCAUCUGGCUUGGCCACAAGCUGACACGGGCGAGCACCUCGGCGGGAUGGCUGCAGGGUGGGCGUCAAUUGGUCGGCAUCCUAGGGCAAAUACCUGACAGACAGACAGACAGAUGGAUGGAUGGAUGGACAGAAGCAGUCUGUGUUCCCCCAUCCCUUCUCACACAGUACACAUACAUGUCUCUGGGUCGCCGCUUGUCGCAGUCUGAGAGCCUCUUGUCCGGGGCCGCAUCCUCUUGCUCCUGCCCGAAUGCAACCAUACACGCACACACACAUACACACAUCAAGAGAAAGGGCAAUUGGCGCCGGACCCAGGAUAGCUGUGCUGAUGUGCGGUGCAUAGUACCAUCACGAAGUUCUCUCUCGCGUUCUUGGCCACCUUGUUGCUGCACUCAUCAGACACCCACACACACACGCGUGACAAUCCGCCCCGCUCCCACCCACCCCACCCCAGCAAUCAUACCGGCGUCAGGUGGCUCUCAGAUGGGUUGUUUGAACCAAAUGGACUCGAAGAACUUCACCUUGCGCAGCAUGCCGCCCGUCACGAAGCUGCGGACAGCACAUGUGAUGGAUGAAUGGAUGGAUGAGCGCAUGGCAUGGCUUACUGUCUGUUGGCCUCCAGGGCCGACAUGUUAUGGUCCUUGUCCCCGAACGACCACACACACGACACACCGACCCCCUUCUGACGCAACGCCUGGAACAGAGUCGCAAAGCAGCCACGCUGCACACACGCACACACGGACAGACAGACAGGAUUGCCCUGAUUCCAUUCGACGCGUCCCUGUGUGUGGGCCUCCUGCAUACCUUCCAUUUGCCCGGGUGGAGGUCGCCUCGGCCGGUCGCCUCGGCAUGGCUGCGGGCCGAGAUAACGGGAAUGUGGCGGCUCGUCAGGUAGGCCCUCACCCCCUGGUACCCUGGCUGCGCCAGAUCUCUAGAGUCUUCUCCAGCCUACACACACCAAACAUGCACACCGUUUGCACUGGUGGGUGGUCUUGUUGUGUAUGUGUCUGUGCGACUGACCAUUCAGGUGAAGCGUUCGAUGCGGGAGAUGCCCCUGAGGUCAGCGUGGGCGUCGUAGGACACCUGCCGUGGCACGAAGGGCACGGUGACGCACCCGCCGUGACCUUCCUGCACACAAGCCUCUGCAAAGCACUCGGGGCCGUCGUAUCCAGCGAGAACACCUGCG